GCAACUUCCUGUUUUUUUGAUCUGUGUAUCCAGCUUUGGUAGUAGCUUUUAAAAAAAGAAAGAUGGAAACUAAAACUUUAGAUAUACCUAAAGCUGAGCUGGCAAAGGCAGUGGAUGGUCUACAGAAGUUGCUUAAAGUUUCUAAUGCAAAAUCGGACAUACUUCAAGAAAGAGAAAAAAUCCACUUACAAGUCAGCAUGAAGAAAAUUCCAAAUCUACCAGAGCAAAUCAUUAAAGUAAAUUUACCCCAUGGCCUUUAUACUGCCGAUACUGAUGUCUGUCUUUUCGUCAAAGACCUGGACAAAAAGAGUAGAGAGUUUGAAGUGUCAGAGGAACAUUUUUCCGACAUGCUGGUGGAAAAGGGGGUCAAUUGUGUCAGAAAGGUGAUUCCGUUAAAGGCAUUGAAACUGGAAUACAAGCCUUUUGAGGCUAAACGGAACCUCUCCAAUGAGUUUGAUUUGUUCCUCGCAGAUUCUCGCAUUAUAAGACUUUUACCCUCUCUACUUGGAAAAAGUUUUUAUGGAAGGAAAAGAAACCCCAUUCAAGUGGAUUUAGAGGCUAAAGAUUUAAAAGAAGAGAUAUCUAAGGCAGUGAACAACACCAGAUGUAUCCUGAAAAACAGAGGAUCAUCUUGUUUGGUGAUGGUGGGCUACUCAGAUAUGACGCGUGACCAGAUUGUAGAAAAUGUGCUUAAGACUGUUGAGCAGCUCUCCCAGAAAUUCCCAGGCGGGUCAAACAACAUCAGAAGUCUCCACAUCAAAACCACCAGCUCAGCCUCCAUUCCAUUCUUUGUGUCUCUAGAUAGUGGAGAUACAGUGGUAUUUCCUGAAAGAAAGAAGGAGAAAAACAAACCAGUCAUUGGGGAAAUCACCACAGUCAUGGAUAAAAAGGUCAGGGUUACAAUGGACGGAAAGGUCAAAUUGGUAAAAGGGGGUGAAGGUGACAAGCCAAAAAAGAACAGCAAAAGAAAGAACCCAAAAGCUAAUGAUAAAGAAAAUAAAAAGGAGGAAAGCACUGUUGGGGUAGAAGCAGUUGAGGUCAAGAUAGAAUAUGAUUCCCAAGGAGAAGUUGAUGAAGAACCAGCACAAAAGAAGGUCAAGAAAACUCCCAAAAAGGACUCUGCUGUCACCCCUAAAGCCGUUGAAAAGAAAACUCCGAAAAAAUCUCCAAAGGUUGUACAGAAAAAAGCAACGCCAGUUAGCAAGACACCAAAUGUAAAAGAAAUUGCUAAAACUGUUGAAAAAGAAAAUCAGAAAUCAGGUAAAAAGAAACAGGUUGUGAACAGUACACCAAAAGUCAAAACUCCGAAAACACCAAAAGGAAAAACACCGAAAACACCUAAAGGACAGAGCGCAAAAAAAGAUUUAGUUAGUGAUAUACCGGUAAAACAAGAGGACUCUAAUGUAGAACUGGAUGUGCAAACACCAGUCAAUGUCAAAAAGUCAAAAGCAAAAACUCCUAAAAGUGCAGCACAAACAAAAACUCCAAAAAGUGCAUUAAAAGAGAAUGCAGAAGGAAAAACACCCAAAAGUGCAGUGAAAGAAAAGGGACAAGGGAAAACACCGAAGAGUGCGACCAUGGAGAAAGCGGCCAAGAAACUGAAGGAAAUAACACCCCCGACGGUCAAAAGGCUGCAGUCCAAAGCCCGGGUGUUAACCCCAGACACGCCCUCUGGGAAAAAGAAGAAAAACUGAACUUUGGGCAGAUAACUCUUGUUGCUCAGAAUACCGGUAUAUUGGGACACGUUUUGAAUAACAGUUAUCUCUCUUUUGCUUACCGGUACUUCUUCAUGACAAUAAGCUUACCGGUACUUGUGACAAAUGAAUACAUUGUAUCAUAAUGCAAUUGUUUUGUUCUUAUGUCGAAGAAAAUAAAAUGUGAGAAUAAUCAAUUCUUACUCUCUGUAGAAAUUAAAGUAAGAGUCUUCUGACAUGUCUCUUCUACAGAAAAACAAAUAAUAUAAAAAAAAAACCGUAUCAGGUAUUGAACACCUCCUUAUUGUGAUUAAUUUUCUUCAAAUAAAACAUUGAAAAUUAA